AUGCACGGUUUCCUUCGUGAUGGUUCAGUUGUCGUAGUGGCCAACUCUCUUUCCGUCGGAACUCUUUACGAUAUCAAUCUAGAGUUUUACCCUAACAAAGGUAGAAUAUAAAUUAGACGCUGUACUAAGCGAUAGAACACUGAGCCCAGCUAUAAUAAUAUAAACCUUGAUAUCAACCAGUUAACAACAACAAAAAACUAAUCUGAAUAUUCAAAAAUUCUCUCUCUCUCGAAUUAAUUACCGUAGAACCCGCGUCAGUGCACAAUGCCAAGAUCGCGUUGUGACCGAACGACGGCGGCAAUUCAAAGCGAGAAUACAGAGAGAGACUUGACACAAAAUGAGACAAGUAUUACAUUAUAAUAAUAAAAUAUAAAUUCUCGGAGAGAUCCGAUGGAAUCGGACAAAGAGAAGAACCGAAAACCCGGACCAGAGACCAAUCAAGAAGAAGAGAACCCCUAGCAAGGACAAGGAGAAGACCAAGCCAACGGCACAGCCAAGGCACUGGUCACUUCCAAAGAGUUUGGGGACGUCAAAGAGGAGAAGCCCUAGCCUGCAGAGAACGGAUGAAAACUCACAAGUGGAAUCCUUGGACUCAGGACCAAGAUGGGACUACUACUGGAGGCAACCAGUUGAAGGUGAGGACAUUGUGCCAGUCUAUGACCAUGAAAUAGAAGUUUUUUUUGCUCCAAAAGAGAAGAAAGCUAAGGAAAUGGCGGCUAGUCUACCUGGUCAAAUUGGUGGAGCAAUGGGCUUAAGAGAAUCAAGCAGAAGAUACGGAAAAAGCCCCAGUCUACCUUCUACUGAUUCUGAUCAAGAAGGCCCAGCCCCUCGAAGAGAGAAGCCAGCUUGA